UCACACACUCGCACACAGGCAGUCCAGCGCGCAAAGAAACACAGGUAUCAUGACGCUGCUCGAGGACAACCUCCACACGGAAUCCUCCAACAACAGAUGCCUUUUUCACAACUGAAUUUCAAAGCAGAAUAUUCCACGAUGAGGAAACUCUGAGGAAGUCUUUAUUCUUUUUUUUUUAUCUUCAACACAUUUGAAGUUUCCUCAACUUAAGGGAUUGUUAGAGCAGCAUGAGUGUGAAAAGGAAAAAGGCUGGGCUUGUCAUCAGCUGGCAGAAGUCAAUCUCCAUCCUGGCUCCUUGGAGGAAAGGGAAAGGAGACAGAGAUGCAGUAUUGGAUAGUGAGGUUGUCCUGACGAAAAUUAAGCUCUUCAGUAACUUCCACGAGAGGCUCCUGAUGUCUGGCGACUCUGUGUCCACCAUAUCCACGGUGUCAGUUUCCGAGGAGGACAUCUCGGACCUAACAAAAGCCUCCAAGGUGAAUUCCCAGCUUGAUCAAAAGUCCGGACAGUCUCGGAUAGAGACCGCCACAGACUACCUGCCUGCCAUUUUCUCAGACUCACAGCUGCCAAGGUUGUACAAGUUCGAGUCGGAGGACUCGGGAGUGGAGCUUCCAAGUGGAGCUAACUCUCCAUCCACCCCAACAGGCUCUGAGCAGAGCUUUGUGGUCCACAGUCGAGAGUCCUCCUGUGACUCCUGCAACUUAAACUCUGACCCUACCGUUCUCCCUGAUAAACUAGUCAGACAUGAACAGAGCUCUGAGAUUAAACAGGCAAGGGACUGGGUGGAUAACAGUUUGAGCGUAACAGUAAAUACUCAGGACAAUGUGUUCAGACAUUCAGAAGAACUCCAUUCUUCAGCUGUUAGAGUAAAACUGCACAUAGGUAAGGAUGUGGAUAGAGACCAGAUUAGGGCUUCAGGAAGCAGCCCUGAAGGAGAUGAAGAGACUUCUGAACUGUUUGGGGAGAACAGGGCUGUAACUGAAAGAACCUGCGCAGAGGAUAUGAGGCCUGGGAAGCAAUCCUCAACAGGAGCCUGUGAUGACAUGAUGGGCAAUGUCUUUGAGCCAGAGCUUAUAAGGAGGAGUGCCACCAGUGACAGCCUGGAGGAAUACAUGGACGAAUGCUGCAGACUUAGUGAGGCACAGCAAGCGAGUUCAAAUCCCCUGUGCUCAGGCCUUGGUUACUUGGAGCACAUCUGCCAACUCAUUGAGAAGAUCGGCCAGCUGCAGGAGACCAACUUUCGGCUGCAGAGGCAGAUCUGCAGUCUGCAGAAGGACAGCAGAAUGACAAAGACCAGAGAGGACUUUUUCCACCAGCACUGCAGCUGUGGAGCUGCCAGCCUGACCUUCCAGCACGCUCAGAAAAGACACUCCAGAAGUGAGUUUUUGUCACCCAGUGGAACCCUCUCUGACCUGUCCACCAUUCCCGAGAUCAAGCAGCACCUACUCAUAUCAGCCAGGAGAGACAUGCAGAAUGAGGGUUUGACACCCUUUCCACUGUGGAGAAGAGGCCUGAACCGAAAAAGUUACACUGAGGGGGAGAUCUGCUUCCUUGGGGACAGUACUGAAGGGCUCUCCAUCCCCCAGGGCAGGCUGAGUGAAAACUACACUUGGGGCCGAGUCAAAGACCUGGUGAGGAAAACCAAGUUGAGGAACCAGAGCAGGCUGGGGCUCAGCUCUGCCUCACUGAAGAUGUCCUGCCCACAACUCUACAGACCUGAUCUGGGACCAGUAGAACCUGCUGGCGGAAACAGGAACUCCAUGAUUGCCUUAGGCCACCAGAGCAAAUUGGACUUUCCUUGGCUACAAUAAACAUCCAGAUCAGAUUCCGACGGUCUCAUAUGGGGUGUCACACAGAGAUGAUUUAAGAGUGGAAGAGAAAGUGAAAGACAAAAAGUAGGGAAUGAAGAAAAAAGAUGAAACUGAGGGACUCAAAAGAGAGGACUCUUGUGUGAGGGAUGCUGUUGCUGCUCGUAAAGGAGAAUGAGAUGAGAACGAUGCUACUAUACGUAUAAAAUUAUCUACACUGUGACACAAUUUAACUACAUUAUAUAUACAUUAUAUAUACUCUACUAAUACUAUACUAUAUACAUAAAUGUUUCCAUUAGGACACUGCAAAAAUCCUUAACAAUCCAACUAAUGUGAAACAUGCAUAUAUUUCAUUUUUUCAUAUUUCAACUUUUAAUUUUCUAAAAUGUUGUAAACGUGCCAAUUACAAAUAGCAGACUACUUUACAAUGUGCGUUUGAUGAUGUAUAACUGGGAUGCAUGCAUAGAUGACGUGUAUGCAGAGGACAUAGGAGAUAACUGCAGGAGAUAAACUCUGAGUUCCAGUGUGUGUGUGUAUGGAUCAUAAAGAUAACAUAUCAGACCGAAAGCACAGCCUCUCCGCAAGCUGCUGUCUCAUCUUAAUAAACAUUUCAAGCACCUAAUAACAAAUACUAUCACUUUACUCCACAUGAUGAUGAUGAUGAUGCAGUGCUGUUGAUUAAUUUCAUGAGAACUUGAGCAAACAGCAGCUUGGCUGAACAUUUAUUUCUUAAAUUUUCAGUCCAUAAACUGAUGCUGAUAGGAUGUUUCAGAGAAACAUCACUCUCUUGUUAUGACUAGAAUAUGUUUCAGGACAUGAGCUUGUGUUUGACACAUUAAACACUGUAAUUUAUCUCCUGUGCCAGUGUUGCAUUAUUGAAAUUCUCGUCUUGUUCCAGACAAGAUGGAGUUAUAGUAACAGAAAAGAAAAGGCUGAGGACACGUAAUAAUAAGUUGAUGUUUUCAACAACACUGGGUUAACGACAACGAUAAUCCAACAAAAACGGCCACUUCAGUGCAGUGAUAGGCCGGUGUGUGGAGGUGUUUCUAUAUGUCAUAUGCUACAACCAACGACUAACCAUCAUGCUUUCAGAACAAGGCUGUUUUAUUUGGCUACAUUAGUUCACUGCUUUUUAUACUGAAAGCACAAUGGCUACGAACUCUUCAACCAAAAACAACAAAUUGUAAAUCAUAUUAUCACCACAUAAUGUUUACUUGCUGGAUGUAUACUGAGUCAAGCUGACAAACAGCUAAACUGUAGUAAGUUGGUUUCAGGAAUAGUCCUUAAAUCCAUUCAGAUUGAAUACAAUGCAAAUUUUCACCUGAUUUUUUUCGUGCAAAUUUGACCAGUGGACUAUUUUUACAGUCCAUGUGUCUUUGUCCCAAAUGGCAAGUGUACAGGCAGUAAAGACCUUAGCAGGAGCUAGCAAUGUAUACAUCGAUUGUUCUCAGAAAUGAACCAUGAACUCUGGUUCAUGGUAAGUUUAUUUGGUUAUUGUCCUCCAGAGUGUUCUGCUUUUCAUUAUGUCUCUGGAUGUUCAGAAUUGCAGUCAGGAACAUUAACAUAAACUCAAAGUUGAAACAUAUCAGUUCACACGAUUGUAUCUUUGUUUCAGGUUGUGCAGGCUUGGCAAUGGUGAUGUCAUGUAUAGCUGGCACAGUGCUGUUUUUCAAGAACUGGCUAGAUUUACGUACGUUUCUUGGAAAAAAGAUAGGCAAGGACACAAAAUUGCCAUUUAUUGAGUAGUCUUUUAAAUAAAUAUUUGUCUUGAUUUUAGCUAAUGACUUGUCUUGCUUCUCAGCAACAUCUAUUACAGAAAAAAUACACUAUUGGCAGAUGGCAAGAUCACUGACUCUGACACUCAUAUGUGAUUAUCUGAAAAUCCUAGGAAAUAAAUCACAUCACAGUAACACCACCACUGAGCAUUGUAUUGCACUUAAAGGUGGUGGUGCUUCAGUAGUCUUGUUUGGGUAUUGUGACACCAACGGAUACUUCAUAUUACAUCAUUAUAUUUUACUCCAAAGAGGUAAAGUAUUUACUGUGUACUGUACUAUAGUGCACUCCGCUUUUGUCGUAUCAUUCAAUAAAAGAAGGCAUGUAUGUUGAAUUUUGUGUGUAAAUUAUAGUUGAUGUUUAUCUGCAGGACGUCAGACAACUGUAUAUGUUUUAUAUGUUGCAUUUUGCAU